AUGUGCAAUUUCUUCUCUCUCUCUCUCUCUCUCUCUCUCCUCUCUCAUCUCUCUCUCUCUCUCUCUCUCUCUCUCGACGAACGCGCUUCGGCCUCCCGGCGACUGGACUGGAUCGGGAUGGCCGAAGGUGCCGAGGCUGCUGCCUCUGUGGAGGAUGGGGGGCUGAAUCGGGCCGAGGUGGCGGAUUUUGCUUUGUCCGCCAUCAAACAUGUCAAGCCGCUGGGGACGUCCAAUGUCUGCGAGCGCGUUCAGGCCGAGACGUACGUGCGGCAACUGUAUCGCGAGGAGCUGGCACAGGCCGAGCGCCACGCUCCCAAAUACCACCUCCUCGUGCACAUGAAGCAUGCUCGCAACCUGCUGCCCAAGUACAAAAAGAUCACGAGCCAUCCCUUUGCCACCGCUGUCUACGGUAACGCCAUGCGCCGAACUCCGACCAUCGAGGACACGCUCGACCCCGACUUUGACUGUCAGCUUCAAAUCCCGCUCGGCAGCGCCAAGCUCACGGCACCGCUCAAGCUGGCCGUCUGGUGCGAUGCCCCUGCCGAUGGCGAGCUUGAUGAUGUGUCCAUCUCCUCCUCCACCAGCCGCUUUAGCUUUGCUCCCUGGCACCGCGCAGAAGAGCAGGUCCGCGAGGGCAAGGUCCGCUUCCUCGGCCAGGCCGCCCUCAAACCGGCCGAGGUCACCGAGCUCGCCCAGAGCGGCAAACCCGUCGAACUUGCUCUACAAAAGCGCAACCCACGAUCCCAUGUACGCGGCACCCUCACCGUCGCCUUUCGAUUGAUGAACGUCACUACCGCCAAGCUGCGCCCCGACGCCGUCGAGUAUGCCGUCUCCCCACUCUGGGCCGUGCCACAACAACUUGGCAAGGAAGAUGCUUUGGCCUGGCACCUUUUGCUUGUGAGUGAAUACGUGCGCGUCCUCACCAAGAGCCCACAUGCCGAGCUCGAAUGGCCGCAGAUGGUGGCCCUGCUCUCCUUCCUUACCCACCAAGUCUCCUUCCAGCCCAUCACCCACCCGGAUCUCGAGGAAACCAUGUCCUGUCUCCGUCUCACCACUGCCAUCGUCGGCUCCAUCACAACGUCACUUGAGGAUCUGGUGGACUUUAUGCGGCCUGAUCUGGAGCAGUACAAGUUUCAAUUUGUAGCCCACAGUCGCAUCGUACCGCCCAUCUUUGAUCACUUCCUCUCAGUCUUUGUGCUAGCCUGCCGGCUCAUCAAGUACUUUCGGCCCGUGGCUCCGGCUGUCGCUGACGUGGUGAGCAAGGCCGUCCUCACCUGCAAAUCUCAAAUGUACAAACUCAUUUGGGCCUCCGCGCAAGCCGAAAACGUUGAUCAGCCGGUUCUCCAGCUCCAAACCAUGUGCGAAAUGAUUGACGCUGAACUCAAAUACGACCUCGUCUUCUACAUCAACUACUUUCAGCGCCACGCCCUCGUCGACAUUGUGGCGCUCAACGUGAUGGGCCUGUGUCAGCCCCACGCCGCCCAAUGCCGUGAGCUUCUCCUUGAUCCAGCCUUCAGUGUUCCGCUUCCCUUUGAGCUUUUCGAUCUCCUCAAGAAGAUUCGCUCCUUCCGCAAACGGUACAUUGAAAGUUUGACCACGGGCCAGUGCGCCAAGGUUUAUGGCGAUCUCUACACCUGGUUCCUUCCCCACGCUUCUCGAUGGCUGCAGAAUUUGGCCAAGCAGGGCGUCAAGUAUGCCGAACGAGCCUACAAACUGGACCCUGGUCAACCCAUCUCUGACCGCCACCUCCAUUCAACUGCCGUCGUGGAUCUCUUGACCUUUUUUACUCAAAACGUGUACGAGCUGGUUGAGCUCGGGUGGGAAGAUCUCGCCACGGCCGGCACUCUUUACCAACUCUUUGCCGAAGUCGUCGUACAAACCGUGCACACCUAUUCAACUCUCCUCCGCGCCCCCUUUCCACCACCCUCUGCUGCGAGCCAAUUUCAGCCCCUGACGUCAGCGCUCUGCAUUGCCAUCAACAACAUUGCCCAGUUGAGCGAUGGUAUCAUGGACUUGCAAGAGAGUGUUCUCAAGCAUCUCUUCCAGCUCCAAACCGAGCAGGCAAAUCGCAAAGCCGAGCUGGAAGGUGAAAGCAGCUACGAGCUGCAUCCCUUGGCUCGCGAGCCACCCCGCCCCACCGGCUUGCGCGCCAUUGGAUUGCGAUUGGGAUUUCGUAGCGUUGGACAAGCGCCGUCUGCUUCAAACACCUCUCACAACUACGACUCGGAUGGCAGCACUGACGACGACGACGACGACCUUCAGGAGCGAGAUGCCAACAAUGCCCGCCCACAUGUUGCCAUUGACCCCGUGGCAGCCGUCAAGCAAAGCUUCAAACUGGCUGCUGAAGAGCUUUCAGGGGGACUCUUGCCCUUGCUGGAUCGGAUUACAGCAACGUUUCGCUUGACAGUGGACCAAUACUUGGGGUUCCUAUUGGGUUUUCGCAAGUCCAAGCCUCUCUUUGCUGAGGUAUUCAAGGCGGAUACAUUCAGCUCCACCACCAAGGCCAAAUUCGGCAAAGACAAAAUCUUAGGCUUGAGUGAUCGCAAAAUGGAUAAAGUCAAGCGGCGCAUGGAGCGCAUGAUGAGGGAGAGCAGGCGAGCUACCUGGAGGCGGCAUGAGACCACGCGCGGACCAUUGGCCAUGCCUAGCAAGCCGCCAACCGCAAAAGGAGGGCGCUCCCGCUCCGAAACGGAGGUUCUUCUUGAUGAGCACAAGCUACGCAUUUCCAUGGAGCCACUGCUCGACUACCUGGAUGAAUCCUUUCAGAUCAUGUCCGAUAAUCUAUACGAGGAUGUCUUCAAUCAUGUCUUGGCCCGUCUUUGGGACAUGGUCCUGAUGGUCGUACAGGCUCGUCUUAGUAGCUUUCGCACAGGCAUUUUGACCAUGCAUCAGUCGACCACCAUGCUCAACUUCCUCGAGAUCUUGAAGGCAUAUUUCAUGGCGGACGGCGAAGGACUGCCGUCUGUGCGCUUGGAGACGCGGAGUUAUGAUGGUAUUUGUCACCAACUACGCUUGGGCCAGCACACGACGGAGGAGAUUAUGUGGAUGUACCAUGGGUAUCAGGCAGAGAAAAUGUUAACACCUGAGACGGCGCACAAGGCCUCGAUGACCUUUCAAAUUGUGGUGACGGUGCACGGUUGCCGUAAUCUGCCGGCCGUGGCCAGCGUUGGCCAAAUGAAUGUUGGGGUGAACGUGACGGUGCGCCAGCGUCUGGCCUCAGGCGCCACCAAUCUGGAGACGAAAGCCUUGGCGCCCGUGCAGGAGGGUCUCAAUCCCAAGCUCAACGCAAGUUGUGAGUUUAAGCUGUUUGAGCUACGGGGCACCGUGCAUUUGGAGGUUGCGCACAUCGACGGUCGCAAGCGCACGUUCUUGGGCGAGGCUACAUGCACACUCGAGGACAUGGAUUUUGCGGCACACCAAGACAUGGAGUUGGAGCAACCCUUGGUCCCACUUCUAGAUCGGCGUGCGCACACAUUGCUUCGCGUACUGCUGAUGCGAGCAGGCGAUCCAGUGGCACGGGAUUUUGUUCAACAGCGCAUGGGUGAGGUGGGCGAUCGCGGGGAUGCCAGCGGCUCAAAGUUGCACAUUGUGCACGGGCAUUUUUUCCGUGCCAGCCGGCACGCGUUGCCGCCCUCGUGCGCGGUCUGCAACAAGCUUAUUUUGGGUUUGGGCAAAGCUGCGUAUGAGUGCGAGCUCUGCUUUGAGACGGUGCACAAGCGUUGCCAUGUCUCUGCUGCACCUUGUGCGACUGGGACGGGGGCGCGGUUCUAGACUACGCCAAAGGGCUUGAAUGCUGUUUGGAUUGACAUGCAGAGCAUGACACAUAGUACAAAUUGAAAGCAACAUCUGGA